AUGAGUUCUCAGGCCGAUCUCAUAGAGAGCUCCAAGAAGGCGGCCGCCUACCUGGCCGUCAAGGAGCACCUCGAGCCCAGCUUCCGCCACAUCGGCAUUGGCUCCGGCUCGACCGUAGUCUACAUCGUCGAGGCCAUUGCCGCACUCGGUGCUGACGCCACCCGUGACAUGAUCUUCUACCCGACGGGCGACCAGUCUCGGGCCCUGAUCGAGGACGCCAACUUGCGCCUCGCUUCCAUCUCGCAGCUCCCGCUCAACAGCCGCCUGGAUGUUUGUUUCGACGGUGCCGACGAGGUCGACGAGAACCUCAACCUGAUCAAGGGUGGCGGCGCCUGCCUGUUCCAGGAGAAGAUUGUGGCCACGGCCUCCAAGAAGUUCAUCUGCGUAGCAGACUACCGCAAACUGUCGCCGCGCCUGGGUACGACCUGGAAACAGGGCAUCCCCAUUGAGGUCCUGCCGCUGGCUGCAAAGCGCGUGCUGAGCGAGCUUGUUCUCAUCGGUGCACAGCUGCCCGUCAUCCGCCAGGGUGUCCCGCGCAAGGCAGGCCCCGUUGUGACGGACAACAGCAUGUGGCUGAUCGAUGCACCGUUCCAGCCCCUGCAGCUGUCCAGGGACCCCAACGAGACCCGUGCUGACGGUGAGGGUGGUGUCUGGACGGUCGACGGCCUGGCCGAUCGCCUGAUCAAGAUCCCCGGCAUUGUCGAGACUGGCCUCUUCGCGGGCUUCAACGGCUUGGAAACCAAGGCCGUUUCUGGCGGUGCGCAGAAGCCGAUCGCGGCGUACUUUGGCAUGGCGGAUGGCAGUGUGCAAGUGCGCAAGGCAUAA